AGGAGUUAUUCUAACGAAGAAGGAUCAUUAUUCUUGGACGGCCCUGCCUCUGCCUCUGCCUCUCUCUCUCUCUCUCACACGCGCACACACACACAUCCAUCUCCGGCGUGUCACAAGAAAAUCUCAACAAUAAGGGCACAUUUUCUUCAAAAUUGCACCUAAAGCACGCCAUUCCUGCCCCUCCCUGGAUUUCUUGAACCUAAACUUCGUGUCUCCACCAGACAUUUUUGUGGCAUCUUUCCUUUGGCUUUUCCCCAUGGGAUCAACAUCAAGCAAUGGGAUUUGAGUUUGAGGCUGGACAAUAGAGAGACAAAAUCACAAGACUUUAAUUCUUAUGGUGGAAAUAAUAUGGUUGGUACGAGAUCACCCUUUCAUUUUGGGGUGACGGAGGGAUCGUCUCUUUAGGUACAUUUUGGGAAGACAACCUUGUGAAUGUUCAGAGGUACCAUAGCACUGCACCUUAAUAUAAGAAAACUUUUGAUUUGCUAGUUGUUCAUUUCAUUCGGUACUCAGGUAUAUCAUUUUAAUGGCUGAGGAGAAAAUUGCAAUCCCUGCAAACCCAGAGAAAAUUGAGGUCAAAAGUAAUCAUACAAGGAGGAACUCCACUGGAAACUUGCUUAUUUCAAAAGAAGGAUUGAAGAUCCUACCACGUUAUCUCAGGGCUUCUUUGGGUUCUUGCCAUGAUUUUUGCAAGUACGGGGUAGAAGACAGCCUCGAGAAAAAGGCAAGGAGUCCCAUACCAAGACAAAUUACAGAAAGAUCAGGCGAUGGCCAAGAUCAGGUCAAAGAUGUAAACCUAGAGGAGAGAAAAAAUAAACUGCAAAUCAAGCCAAAGGCUUUACCUGAUUCUAAAAGCCUAACGAAUAAAAAACACCACCAAGUCAUAAAGAAAGAAGCUCAAGUAUCAGCCAAGAAGGUUGCUGUUUCUUCGAAACGGUUCUCAUUGCCUGGAAACAUAAUGGAUAUUUGUGCAGAACAUAUUGCUGAUCUAAGGCCAAAACCUGUGGAAAUAAAGCCAUCUUCUUCCUCAACACUGGCAAAUAUAAGCAGUAGACGAUACGAUCAUAUCAGUAUGAGCAAAGCAGUUGGAGUUCUCCAAGAGAGUCCAGUGGGAGGUUCAAGAAAUGGAGGGAAGAGUCAUUUCAACGCAAGCAAGGAAAUGAAGCUGCCCAAAUCUAGAAAGAAAGAAGAUUUUGCGCCACCGGCUGUUUCUCUUUCUUUCAGACCGUCUAUCAAAAGAGAAUUCAGUGCAAAAUCUGGAAAUGAUAAGGACCUGAAAAACGUGUCUCGUGUGCAAGAUAAUGGUAGAAAAGCUGAUUGCAAAAAAACAAUUGACCAAAAUAUUCCAGAAAAGACGUUGUAUGUCAUUGAAAGGAAGCUGCAGAACCCAACAGAAAAUGUUAUUGAUGCCACUCGCUUCUCUCAGUCCCUAUAUCCAUCCUUUGAGGACAAAAAGUUUGAAUGUGAUCGGAAUGGGAUACAUAGUUCUAGGUCACCCCCAUCUUUUGAGAACAAGCAAUUGAGAGAUAGCCGAAAUGGUGGUCAUGCCACAUGUCCAUCUUCAUCAUCUCCUCUCUCUACUUAUAAGAACGGUUUGAGACGUACUCAAAUUGGCAAUCACAAGACUCCACCAUCUUCUCCUAUACCCAAGACUGUGAAAAGUGACAAAAGUGAGCCUUUCUCCGGAGGCUCUAUCAAGACUAAAAGGGUUGGGAUAGUUAGCUUGGACGAUAAAGUUGGCUCGCUUGAGAAGAUCAAUUUCAGGAGGGGCAAGGCAGAUGAUGUCCUUUCUAAGACCACUAGUCCAAGGAAACUCAGAUUCAAGCAAAGAAGAGUCUUGUGUGAGAACCAAAAUGGAAAAGCCGAUUCUGAACUGAGGAGCUUGAAAGAAGUAGUUGCAGUUGAUGACUUAAGUGGUUCUAAAACUGAACCAAUGGAAGUUGUCCUCAAACACCAGGAUGUAGAAGGAAAGAAAUGGGGUCAGAACUUAUUUAACAAUGUGAUAGAAGAAACAGCAAGCAAACUUGUCCAGAACAGGAAGAGUAAGGUCAGGGCUUUGGUCGAUGCUUUUGAAACUGUGAUCUCGCUCCAGGAUACCAAAUCCUCGGCAACAACUAAUGUAUACAGAGUUGCUUAAGAUUGUGGUUUGGAAUCAUGGGAGGCACCACAAAGGGAUGAGGAGGGGGAAGAAAUGUGGGCCCCAUUCCAAUUCCCAUGCCAAGACCAACACCCAUCCCCAUGCCCAUACGAGCUAGGAGUGACAUCUGAAUCUGCUGCUGGUGAUGCAACCCCAGAGCUGCCGGCGUCAUCAUUUGGGGCAUGUUGUUUCUUGUUGCACUGCUCAUUAGAUGAACUUGUGCUUGGAGUUGCUUUAAGUACUCUAUCACCUCAUCUAGCAUUGAGGCUUUAUCAGUCUGCAAAUUCAAUAAACAUGAGAAGAGUUAAAUCCAGGGGAUUUAUCGUUUUCACCUCUUUACUGUUGCGAGGUAUCUUGUGUUUUACUGUACUGUCAGAUUGCCGGGUCCUUGAGCGUUGUAAACGGAGAAAGCAUGACAUGGGAGGCUGUGUGAGACAGUUGGGCUUUGAAAUUUAUAUCAUCAUUUAAUGAUUAUAUUCGUCUUCUUUAAUGUUGUGGAGAUGAAAACACUGCCGAACCAUGUAUAUCUUGUGAUCUCUCGUGUCAAGUGUAAUUAUUUGUCUUUUUGUACCAUUUUGAAUGGAUCAAUAUCAGUUGGGGUUUGCAUAAUAUAUGCAUACGGUAUCAAGGUCCGAAAUGUAAAACAGAAUGCUUUUUAUCGCUGGCUCACCCUUACUGUUGUGAGCUGUCUUGUGUUUUACAGUACUCUAAGAAUUAUUGUACAAGGUUCCUUUCGGCGACCCUGAGCGUCGUGACAUAAAGAGCAUUGGAAGGGAGGCUGUGUGAGGGAGCAGAGCAUCAAAAUCUUAAUUGUUGCAUAGUGAUUUUGUUCAUCUUUUCUGUUGUGAACGUAAGAGUACUGAUGAACCACAUAUAUCUCGUUUCUCUUGU